AUGGCGGACGCACAAGCAGGCAGCAGCACCUGGUCUGCUUUCCUCAAGUCAAUCGCCUCCUUCAACGGCGACCUCUCCUCCCUGACGGCGCCCCCCUUCAUCCUCUCGUCCCAGUCCCUGACCGAGUUCUCCUCCUACUGGGCCACGCACCCGCCGCUGCUCACGGCCGCCGCCGCCGAGUCCGACCCCGCGAAACGCGCCAUGCUCGUCCUCAAGUGGUUCCUCUCCACGCUCAAGCACCAGUACGCCUCCCGCAGCGAGCAGUUUGGCAACGAGAAGAAGCCCCUCAACCCCUUCCUCGGCGAGCUCUUCCUCGGCACCUGGACCGACGAGGCGGGCACCACGACGCUCGUCUCGGAGCAGGUCAGCCACCACCCGCCCGCGACGGCCUACUGCGUGCGCAACGACAAGACGGGCAUCCAGCUCGAGGGCUACAACGCCCAAAAGGCCACCUUCAAGAGCACCAUCAUCGUCAAGCAGAUUGGCCACGCCGUCCUCACCGUCCCCGUCGGCGCCGGCGACGACAAGCACCUCGAGCGCUACCUCAUCACCCUGCCCUCGCUGCACAUCGAGGGCCUCAUCUUCGGCGCGCCCUUUGUCGAGCUCGACGGCUCCAGCCUCAUCACCAGCUCCAGCGGCUACACCGCCAAGAUCGACUACAGCGGCAAGGGCUGGCUCUCGGGCAAGAAGAACACCGUCGUCGCCACCCUCUACCCGACCGACAACGAAAAGGACGUGCUCUACAACGUCACCGGCCAGUGGACCAAGGAGUUUGAGAUCUACCAGGGCCCCGCCAAGAAGAACUCAAAGGCCACCCUCGUCGCCACCUACGACGCGGCCGGCACCCGCCAGACGGACCUCGCCGUCGCGCCCCUCGACAAGCAGCACCCACUCGAGUCGCGCCGCGCCUGGAGCAAGGUCGCCGACGCCAUCCAGCGCGGCGACAUGGACUCCGUCUCCGCCGAGAAGACCAAGAUCGAGCAGGCCCAGCGCAACCUGCGCACCAAGGAGUCCGCCGAGGGCCAGCCCUGGGAGCGCCGCUACUUCAACGCCGUCGCCGAGGACGAGACGCUCGCCCUGCUCGGCAAGGCCGCCGGCAUUCCGCUCGACGGCGAGCGGGACAAGACGGGCGGCCUGUGGCGCUUCGACGCCGCAAAGGCGGCCAAGGCCGACGCCGAGAAGCUCACCGAGGAGCAGAUUGCGCGCAUCGAAAAGGAGAUGCUGGGUCAGUAA